GAUUCUUUUAUGGUUCUUGUAGAUGCUGCUGCUGUUCCAGUUACAGAUCACGAAUUUUCUACCAUUCAGUAAAUGCUAAAAUGAUUCAAAAUCUACAGGUUUGUGUUUAGAGAGGAUCAACAUACACCUGCUGAAGGAAAAGAUGGGAAUGUUGAACAUCAAAAUUUAUUCACAGAAAGGGAAAAGGAUGAAGCUACCGGUUUGUUCAUCCGCAGAAUUCAACAUCGGAUGUGAUCAGGCUUCCGUAUCAUGUUUACAGCACAAAACGGGUGACAUGUCUAUACAUCUAUGAUGGUGUUAGGUCGAAAUCCUCUCAUUUGAUUUCUCCAUGUCAAUCGCAUCAGUCCCAUCUGUUGUGUGGGCAACGAUACCAACCCAAGGAUUUGGUGGAAUCGACAACUUCAGUUCUGUGGAGGUGCAGUUCGAAGUUGUUGGAAGUGAACCCGUCACACAGUACGUGAGGACGAAACCGGCACGUAUACGACCCGAAAUUUCCUGCGUCAACCAUAAGACGAAUUGCAGCAAGAUCCUCUUCGAUGGAGUCGACGAUGUGUGGGUGUUGGAAGAGGAGCGGGAAAGGAAAGGGGGGAGGCGGAGGCGGCGACGAGGAGCAGCAGCAGUCGUCGCCUUGGAAUCUGUUCAUCGAUCUCAAGGUGUUGGAGGCCGCUACCGAUAACUUCUCAGAAGCCAAUCUCCUCGGACAGGGCGGCUUCGGCCCCGUUUAUAAGGGGGUGAUGAAGAAUGAGCUGGAGAUAGCAGUGAAGAAGCUGUCGUUGCACUCUCGGCAGGGGGUGCGGGAGUUCACCAACGAGGUCAGUCUACUGCUCAAAGUCCAACACCGGAAUCUGGUUUCGUUGCUCGGCUGCUGCGUCGCCUCCGAUCAGAAGAUGCUCGUCUACCCCUACUUCCCAAACCGAAGCCUCGAUCACUUCCUUUUUGAUAAGCGCAGAACGGCAUCACUGGAUUGGUCGAAACGUUUUGAGAUUAUUGUGGGAGUGGCAAAGGGCCUUCUGUACCUCCAUGAAGAGUCUCCAGUGAAGAUCAUCCACAGAGACAUCAAAGCCAGCAACAUUCUACUCGAUGACCGAUUGAACCCAAAGAUAGCUGACUUUGGCAUGGCAAGACUCUUCCAAGGGGAUGAUACGCAUGUCAAUACAUUUAAGGUUUCUGGUACCUACGGCUACAUGGCACCGGAGUAUGCACUGAGCGGCUAUCUGUCAGCGAAGGCUGAUGUCUUCAGCUUUGGGGUAUUGAUGUUGGAGAUCGUGAGCGGGAGGAAAAAUAUCGACAAAAAGCUGGACGAAGAGCGGAUCGACCUACUGAGCUACACAUGGAAGCUCUUCGAGGAAGGUAAAGCAUUGGAGAUCGUGGAUCCUAGUAUUUCCACUUGGGACCGUGAUGAAGCCGCAUUGUGUAUCCAAGUCGCACUGUUGUGCUGCCAAGCCGUGGUUUCUGUCAGACCUGAGAUGCACGGUGUCCGUCUCAUGCUAUCGAGUGAGUCGUUCUCGUUGCCGAAGCCAGGAAGGCCUGGAACUCGUGGAAGAGAAGGGCGAUGGACAAGCACCGCCACAUCAACUCUCACCAGGACAAGCGCAAACAGUACUGCUGCUUCCACUGCUACUGAUGCCACCAAGUCUUCUUCCAUCUUUUACGGCAUAGCUGAAGACUUCUCUCGGAAUUCUAUCUCCGUAUCGUUUACUACGGAGGGCCGGUGAAAUGAACUCUCUCUCUCUCUCUCUCUACUUUUCUUGAGCACCUGGACGUAUUAGUACAUUCAAGAGUUCAUCUAUCAUAAUUCAAUCCACGUUAGAUGGCAUAGUGAAGAUUUAACCCAGCAUGACGCGGUAUGAUGACGAAGUAUACCGUGGAACUCAUGGAACAAAUGCACUACUAAUCGCUUCCAUGGGGUCGUUUUCAAUGUAGAAUCCCAUGCACCGACACCCACCCCUG